CUACCUCCAGAGCAGAGCUUCACAGUUUGUACCUAACAGUCAUUGCCAGGGACCCAGAACUGAUAAUCAGGACUUUUAGGCUGGGUGAAUAAAAAAUUGAUGGUUGGAAAAUAAAGUAGGAGUUCUCUUUUUUGUGUUUUUACAUUUUGGAGGAGCUGACAGAGUAAGAUAAGGCUUGCUUGGGGAAGGAGUUGAAACAGCGACUUUGGAAUGACAACACUUCAUUUGAGGAACUGCCUACAGUCCUCUGCUCUACCAACUGAGCUAUCAAGGUGCCGUCUACUUCAAGUGCAGAAAACAUAGUGGCUAUGAUGACACACUUUGCCCACACAACUUAUCCACCCACAUGGUCAAUGAAAAGUCCAGCCCUACCUGCAGUUUCAUUUUUGAGCAGAUGGGGAAAAGAGUUCUAUAAGCUAAAUAAGACUCAAAAAACAUCAUUCCGUAGUGUUAAAUUUCCAUGAAACACGCAUUUUUAAAAUAUUUUAUUUCUUUAUUUUUGUGUAUGAAGUUUUUCAUUUUUUGUAUUUGAGGUGUAUUUAGCGUUUUUAACCUUCUGUUUUUAUCAGAAGGCUGUGUAUGUGCAGCAAGAAGGAAUAAUUACCUGCAUAUGUGUGGCUGGUUGUGCAAUAUUAGUUCAUGAUUAGACAAUUGAGUCGAGGUCUGGACCUUGUUUUAUUUUUCAUUAUUAUUAUUAUUAUUAUUAUUACUACCAAUACCAUCAUCACCAUUAUUAUAACUAUUAUUAUUGAAAGUAGUAGUAGUAGUAGUAGUAUUCAUCUUGUAAAGUCACAGGAGGCUUUCAUGCCUGACUGAAGACUUUUAUUUUGUAGUUACGUUUCCGGAAACAGUCGUCUGUAUUAAAUGAGCUUGAUAAUAUCUGUUUCUCGGUCAGUUUCGUGGUUGAAGGUGGACACGCAGCAGAGGGCUCAUCAUGGCACCGCUGGGACUAAAAGCAAUUGUUGGAGAAAGUAAGAAGUUUUUAUUUCAGUUGAUAGAGAUACCUUUAUUUUUGUUUUACUGACAUGUUUCCAGCUGGUUUGUUGAAGUUACUGCUCCAGAGACAUGAAAAACUGUGUAGAGGCAUGUCGAAACAUAUCCAAAUCCAACCUUUACUGUGAUAUAUCAGCAUUUUGUGGCUAUUUUAACUUUUUUGAUUAUUUCAAGUAUUAAUCAAGUUCUAGGAGACACUCAAAUCGGGGAACUCUGUGCGCCAAAGAUGCACUCACACAUCCAAGCCAUGCUUUUCUCCACACGGUUAUUCCCACUGAUUUUAAUCACAUUAUGAUUAAUUGUACAAAUAUAAAGUUCCGUAUGUAUCUUUGGACCAUUUUUUAAAUAAUUGUCACUUGAUUAUUGGUCCGUUUUUUCCUUUUUUUGUGUCGGUCUGUGAGAGGCAGGAGUCCUGGUUUGGUUUAGGGUAAAUCUGCCUCACUAAUCUUCAGUCUGCGGAUUAAGCGCUUUGACAUCAUCCUCAGAGGAAGAGGAGCGGGACAAACAAGUGUUUCUUUAUGCUGUACAUCUCCACCAGUUCACAGUGGGCUAAAGGAACAUUUCAUAAACUCAUCAUUUGUUUUUCUAUAGGUGGAAACACAAGUUAGUGAUAUUUUAUCUCAUGACAGUCUAACCGUCAAUGUCAUUACGCAUUUAUAGAGAAAAACAGUCAAGAUUGGAGUUUGAAUUAUAAGAAUAAAGUAUAGUAACAGAUGCAUUAAUGAAUUAAUGAAUGAUAUCAUCCCUUGCAUUUGAUAAUCGAUAUCUAAGUUGGUAUAUGUCAAGAAUCGAAAUGACAUGACAGGAAAAAUAUCAAAAUAUAGACAUUAAAAACCAACUCUCAGAAGCUAACCAAAGGGAAAAAAACAAGCUAUUACUUGACAAUUUUCUUUAUUCUACACACACUCUAAAAACUCUUGGGUUAUUUCUUCAACUCAAUUUCUGGGUUAUACGUGUUGAGUUAAAUUUAUGGGUUAUUUUUCAGAUCCAUACUCAUUUCUUGGGUCAUAUGGAUUCGAGUGUAACCCAGUUUGAGGGUUUUUUGAAUGGGUUAAUAAUUAUGGAUUAAUUUUUCUGAGAGUAACCCAAUAAUUGGUUCAGAAUGUUGGGUUCAAUUGACUCUAUGUGGUUUCUAAAAAUUACUUGGUGGCUUUACUUUCGGCAGUUGGAGUAGCUCAGCGGGUAGAGCAUCCAGUUCUGAACCACGGGGUCGGGGCUCAAAUCCUAUGUGAGGCACAUAUGUAAGGAGUGAACUACAUCCACCAGUGUGGGUCCUUAGGUGAGACCCUUAGCGCUUUAGCCUACAAUCAGUUAGAUAAAAGUACAUGGGAGAAUAAGGUACAGGCUGUAAAAGAAAAGCUCCCCAAAUGCAUAUCAAUUUUACCCAAGAUCAUGAGUCAAAGUAACUCGAACAUUGGGUUAACUUGACCAUUAUAAAGAGUAGGGAUGCACGAUAUUUAUCGGACCGAUAGAAUAUCGGCCGAUUUGGAGGGAAAUUACGUCAUUUUUUUAUCGGUAGGUGCAUUUUUCCGAUAGAAAGAUCCGAUAUAUUAUUGAAAUUACGAGUAACGUUUGCAGGCGGAGUAGCCGCCCGUCGCGCCUUACUCGCCGGUCCCAAGCCUGACCCCGUCACUGCCUGACUGAUAAUAAAAGGUCUUCACCAGCAUGGUCGUUUUUCUCAGUGGCAGAAGAUGACAACAGCAUUGCUACAUGCAAAACCUGUUCAGCGAGGAUUCCGAGAGGACGAAAGAAGACGUCAAGCUUUAACACAACGAAUCUGAUAGCUCAAAAAAGUCGCCAUCGCGGCGAAGCGGUAUUAAAACACUAUGAGACAGCUGCCGAAGCUGCUAGCGGUACUAAAGCUAAGACAACAACACUACGGAGGAUCGAUGUCCCCAUUCAGCAGGCGCUUGAAAACUGCAAAAGCCUCUCAAGAGACAGCGAAAAGGCUAAAGCCAUUAACGACAAAGUGAUGGAAUUCAUAGCGGUCGACUUUUUCCGUCGUUCAGAACCCGGGUUUUCGUAAGUUCAUAGCACACUUGGAGCCACGUUUUACUCUCCCAAACCGCCGCUUCUUCUCGGAUGUGUCCCUUCCUGCACUCUAUGAUAUUGUCGCCACAUCCAUUCACAACCUGAUCGACAAGAACGGACUACACGUGAGUUUUACCACAGACAUAUGGACGUCAGAUGUUAGUCCGGUCAGCAUGCUUAUCCUAACUUCUCAUAAUAGCUCCUUUACAGUUUACAGUUCUGUUGAACAGUUCAGGGGAUGCACUGUUUUGGUCAAAUGAAGUUCUGCUUUUUGCUCUGUUAUUGUUAUUUAUAGCAAAUGACCACAUAUUUUUGUGAUGACAUGGAAAAAAUAAACAUUUGAAGAGCCAAAAACUUUUGUUUGUUGUUCUAGAUAGGCCAGAGCAACAAAAAUAUCAGUUUUCAAUUGCUGCAUUCUGCACAAACGGCAGAUUAUAUGAAGAUUGUAAUAAAUAUAACAAUAUGAAUUUAUCGGCUAUCGGUAUCGGCCAUGAGAAGAAGAAAAUGAUCGGUUAUCGGUUGAAAUUUUUCAUAUUGUGGAUCACUAAUAAAGAGUUAUUGAGUCAUUUGAAUAACCUAACAUUCUGGGUCAAAAUAACCCAAUGAGUAGUCGUUCCCUUUUCAACCCUGGUGUUUUUAGAGUGCAUUUUGUUUUCUUAGGAUAAACCACCAGAAAGACAAAUCUACAUCCUUAUGACCGAAUAAAGGAAGGUCCUACUGUUGUUAUAUAUUCAUGGCAUGUUGUGUAUGUCACUUAAAUGUGGGAAACACCCAACGUUUGUGAGUGGCAGAACCUCAAAUGCCAGAUACCCAAACACAAAGAGGUGGCCCUUGUUGCUCUUUGUUUACUAUGUCUUCUUCUUUAUUGAAUUUGUUGACAGGCGACACAGUGUCAGGUUGCUCCUUACUAAAAUGUAUUAAACCAAACCAGAUUGCCUUGUGGAAAAAUCUAGCCCACUAAAUGUUUAUAAUGAGAAAAUACAGACUAAAACUUUGUCAGUUAAAGAUAAGGUCACAAUAUUUCUCUUACUCAUCAAGAUCAGCCCGAAGGAAAUGAACACAAAAGGAAAACUGUAUCGAACAUACUGUAAACGGUUUGACUGUAGUUUUAUUUUCCACUCUGUUGCAUGUUUGUCUAUCGCACACACAGCUCUAACGAGGAGGAGUUGAGCACAGGAGUCCAGAGUCAGAAAUCUGAAUUAGACUUCAUGAUUGUGAACCUGAUUAGUCCCAGAGACCGCGGUCACAUCAGGGCAAACUCUGGUGGAACUGUUACGUAACAAUAAUAUGGUGUGCUCUGAUAGAGGGAUACAGCAGCCCUGCUGGCCUUACACAUUGGUCUUAAUUUAUCUAAUUUAUCAACCCUACAGGACAGUUUUCUUACAUUUUAUUGAAUUCAGUUUGGAGCCUGACAAAAUCAAACCCCAAAAACUACACUUACAGUUUUAACAUUAUAGCCAUUUGUUGAAAUUUUGAGAAAAAAGCCUAGAUAGACACAAGUGACUUUUGCGAGUUCAAGACAAGUCUUUGCCCAUGAGGCCAAGUCAACACUUGAGUCUUUCAGGGGCAGGUCUGAGUCAGAUCUCUCAUGAUUUCGAUGAAUAACUAGCAAAAAAAAAAAAAAAAACAGAUCGCCAUUAUAUGAGGGGGAUGCAUUGAUCAGAUCAAAUAUAUCAACCCAUUAUUUUACCAUAUGUUUUCCACUAAUAUCAGGUUAGUUUACACAUUUAUUCUAUUGUGUGGUCAUAUCAUCCAUGCACACCUGAAAGGCACAGAUCCACACUUUUUUGAUGGAGAUGGCCAAACUGAAGCACUUAACUUAAGUGGAUGAACAACACUGAUAAUUAUAAUUUAUCAGUAUCAGUAUAAUUUCUUUCUCAACCUAUCAUUUGAGUUUAUGACUACUAUCAUUAUUACUUAUUAUACACCUGUGUGUUGAUUUUCGGGUUUAAAUUGUGACAUGGCACAGCUGCAACAUAAAACUUUAAAGACACUUAAGGAGUUUUUAAUUGUCUUGGAAACAGGCUGUAUCCAAUGCCGGUGCCUCUUUAUGGCCUCCGAAAGAAAAUGAAAUAGUCAGGAGUUGUAAUUUUUUAUGGACCAGAUAAUUGGUAGUAGGCUAAAACUGACACUAACAAAAAUUUCCUCACAGCAGCUUUAAAGACUCACAGUCAUACUUUGAAGACCUAAGAGAAAACCAAAGAAAACGCCAGAGAGCUACUUCAAAAAACUUCUCUCAAUAGUCAGAAAACUGUUGAUUCUAACGAAUAAAAGUUCCAGUGUUUAGGAUUGAGGUGUCUUUUAGUGGUUUGUCCUACAGUCUGUUUUUAUGCUGUUCAUUUGAAAAUACAACCAUAUUUAAUAAUUUGCAUUUGGAAUAUUUUGUAAUUGGAUAAAGGGAUUUGUAUGCGAAGAAGGGUUGAUAAGGAUGAUCCAAAACUGAGAAUACAGCAGCUGGCUGCACAGCAGUGUUAAAAUGGAAGAGAAGCUUUAAUAUUUAAAAUGAGAUGUCCUAAAUCAUCACAUUACAGGAGAGUCACACCACGACUCUCUUUCUCUCUCCUUCUCCCCCGUUUCUCUAUGAUUACCUGCAGAGAGGAUCUUUAAACACUUCAUUAUGGGGGAGAUCAUUCACUUUUUUUUCACUACAUCAUAGAUGAUGGUCUUAUACAGAGGAAAACUAAGCGAAAAAGCUUUAUGUAUAGCUAUGGUCUCUAGCUAUGGUGAUGCGUACACCGUAGUGCCAUCUGUAGACUGUGGUUGCUCAUGCAAAACACACAAAUGACCUACCAAUAAAAACUGAAAUAUCAUCUAACCCCUGCGGGUCUGUUGGCAUAUUUUACUGCAAAAAAAAAAAUAGUUUGUUAGUUUGAUAACAGACAGAAAUCGAGGGGAUAACAGUGCAUAACUUAGAAAAAGAACCUUUUCAGAAAAACAAGAACUUCAACAGAAAUCAGCCUAACAAUGAUAGUGUAUCACUGCAGCAUCCAGGUCUGAGAGUUUGCCUGCAGCUUCAUUUGUUUUGCUUGAGGAGGUGGGGUUUAUGACCUUUACUGCAACCAGUCACUAGGGGGUAUCGUUCUCGCUGAAGCUUCACCCAGCGAGGAGGAAUAUGACUUCCAAUCUAUAUAUGGUUUAUGGAUAUGCCACAUUUUUUUUUAAAGCUGUGAUUGACUGAUUUAACAAAGAGAGAAAAUGUGUGGAAAAUAAAACAACUUACUCUUCAUUAACGGGCAUCGUCGUCAGAGCUUGUCAAAUGGUUAAUUUCAAUUCUACAUGUAAAUAAUGAAAAUUUUGUGGUAUAAUCUCGAAAAGUGUGCAGUUUACAAAAUAUUUGAAAAUACAUUCAAAAUUCACUGUACUCUUUAAAUGCUGAUUAUUAAAGCAGUUUUUCCCACAUGCGGGUCUACUAUACCCGAGCAGCAAAUUGUGCGAUCUGUCCUUGUGAGGCUGAGAUGUUGGUUUGUCUCUUUAAUUACAUGCACUUACUGCAAUGUGACAUCUCAUGUUAUUUAUAAACCUUUACAUACUGCAGUUUUUUAUUGUUUUAAGAAAAGUGAGCAGCAUUUGGUUGUCAAUGUUUCUCUGCACUUUUUUUAUGUGCAGUUCAUGUGUCAGGAGAGAAAGAUCACAAGUGAAGUUGUUGAGUUUUUAAAGAAGCCAAAUAGCCCAUAACUAUUCUCCUGAUCAGCGUUUUUGUGUCAGUUUGUACAUAAGUGCAGUUUGGAGUGGUUUUGUCCUAUUUCACUGUCUUUAUACAAUUUCCUUCUCUGCUCAAGAAACCUGUAAGCCUCUUAGAAGUGGCCCUUUGUCUCUCUAACAGUAUUUCAUAUUAAGAGCUCUCUUAUGGGCAGAAAUGGUUUGUGAAUAACUUUUAUCUUUUCAAAGAUCUGAUCUUAACUUUUAAGAAAAAAUCUUAGAAAUCAUCACGAUUCUAAGACUGUUCUUAGAACUUUGUAGACUAGAAGACUUUGUGAGUACGGGCUCUGGUCCUCUACAAGAGCACACAGAUUUGUCUGCUCUGAGGAUAUAAAAUUAGAUUUAUGCACAUUAACACCUUCUGUUGCUCCAAGAAUAGACCAUUGAGUAUCACUUUACAAGUUUGUAUUGGCUUGGUUUUGAAUGUUGGCCUGUAGAUUUAUUCAUACCUAAGAAUAAAUGCAGAAUAAGUAAACAUAAGUGAAAGUUCAGGACUAGGCUCUUAUGUACAGAUAUCUUUAAAAACAAUUUAUAUAUCUUCAUUUUCAAAAAUCUUCUCCAUACCAGCAUGGAUUUUGAAAUUUUCUUUGUCUGCAUGACAACCAUUAAAAUAGUCAAGAACACUUCCACAAGCAUUUUAGACCAGUAGGUAGCGUCAAUGGGGAAUCAGUCGAUAAAAUAAAAAUUAAAAAGCCUAAAGCUCCAUUUACAUAUUGACAGAGGAAAAAACUGUGCUUUCAAAUGUAAGUGAACAGGAUUAAAAGUUAAUCAAAACAGUGAAGGUGUGUGGAAAGUAGAAGUCUGUUCUUGAGAAAGGAUGGUACAUGUGAUUAGGACUUCUUUUAAAGUUAAAAAGUUUGGUGUUUAUACUACAUGUAUGCUAAGUUUCUAAUCAUGAGGUGAGCUUAUGUUGUCACAGUCUUAGAAAAUAGAUGUAAAAUGAAAUGUCCCCCUACACCUUCUGUGGAAACAGGACAUGACUUAUCUUGUGGGAUGAGAGCUCGUCUGUGUGCUUACUUCUCUCUCUCUCUCUGUCUCUGUGUGCAAGCCUGUGAAUGAAGCUGCUCCCCUGUGACGUAACAUCCGCUGACACAGAAAUGUCCCAGAAAUAGUGUUGGGGUGUGGUGGAUGGGAUAAGAGGAUUGGGAGCAGAUUAGAGACAGUGAUUGCUGCAGCCCCGCCCCCCUCCCCUCCCACACUGAGUCCCUUCACAUUCACUGUGACAUGCAAGGCAGUCGCUUUAAAUCUCCACAGAGAGAAACUGGGACGUCAACAUGAGGGACCCUGUGAGAUAAAUUUGAUUCACAAUAGAGAGCAAAUGAUUUAAUUUGCUGCUCUUCGUGACAUGUUUCCUCUUAAGGAUGUCUGUCCCUUUGUACCUCUGUGUCUCUGCUGUUAUGUAAAGGAUUCACUCAGUCAGUGGGACAUCAGAUUGCAUGCAUGUUUGAUUACUAUAGCCUAUUGUGUGUUUUUUUGUUUGUUUAUUAUUAGGGCUCUGGUUUCAUUUUGAUCUUUUCCAUUGGGUUUUAGAUUAUCUUUUAGAAACUGCUUUGACAUACCUUAAAAUUAUGUUUUUAAGGAAUACUUGGAGAACAUUCCCUUAAGUUAUGCAACGUAAAUAAUGAUAUAUUCAAGGGUCAAGCUUUCUUGAAAUGAUUUAUGCCUUUAAAUCCCUAGUAAUAUAUCAUAGGCCAGACAUACAGUACAAACCUGCGGGUGUAUAAUAAUAUUUCCAUAAACUGACAACCCAAGAUACAACCCCUAGGCCAGUUCUUUUUAAAGGUUUCUAAAGCAACCUGUUACAUUUACUUGUAUUUAUCUGAGAACAUAAUUUUGCAAAGUUUUUAUAAAAAUGAGACGAUUUUCCUAGCUGCAUACAGAGCCACUAUAGUACAAAAAGUGUCGAGCUAAGUUAGCACAUGUGGUUUGUCAAUUUGUCGAUGUAAACUCACACACGUGUUUUCAAAGGUUUGUCAUGUUAUCUAAAAUGCAGGGUGAGUCUGUUACACUAUGAAAACACUACAAAUCACAUACAAUGCAAUUUAACAACUAAUCAAAAUCCUUCUAGCAGGUUAGCCCGUUAGCUUACAUGAUAACCUCUCAUGUUUUGUACUCCCUGGAGAGUUUUGAGUGUCUGUAAUCGAGGUGCUUGGCAAGGUUUGAAGUGUUACUUGUCUUGUAUAAUCUUUUGCACACAUGUUGGAUAAGUCACUCAGUACAUUUACAUGUACAGUUAAGUCAAGCUAUAGUUAAAGCUCAAUUAGACAAUUUAGCUGGACUACUGUCCUUGUCCCAGUUGACCAGGCAAGAAUCUAAUUGUUGUCUGAUGUAAGUCUGUCUCUGUUAUGGUAGGUGGCAACAUGGUGGCAACAAACCAGUAACUAUCAGAUCAACUCCUGCUUGCCAUAUAUUACAUUUCAAAACAGUCAACAUGAUGUGUGGGAAACACUAGACUGGAUAAAUAUUUGACACAUUGCAUCGGAUUUUCUUUUCUUUUCAUUUUAACUUGUUGUGAUCCCACACUUUGGACAUGUUCCGUAAUUUCAGUUGAGGUGUCCGGUUUUUCUUUAUGUCUCUAUUUUUCUUGUUCUUAUCCUCCAUAAUUCUGUGGUUGUUGCCUUAGACCUACAUUACAGCAUCAGUGAAAACAAGCACAUUGUGCCACAGGAAUAUCCAUCCAUGCAGUGCACUUUACCAUUAGCUGCUUUGAAUCUUUAUAAUCAAGUUACUUGAAAUCUUUUCAGCCUUAUAGACAUCAUUGAUCCCACCUAAAAAAUGCUAGUAUUUUCAGAAAACUGGGAGCUUUUAGUGAACUGAUAGUUUAUUUUUUAUAUAAUUGUAAGGACCAACAUAUAAGGAAUUUAUUAAAAUGUAAAGGUUCAUGGAUUAUCUUCUCUAUCAUGAUGAUUGUCAAACAUUAAUAUAAUUCAGUGGUUAGACCGAGAAUCAAAGUUAAUCAUGGGGCUGAAUCAAAACAACAAACUCCUAUUGAUAAAAAUUAUGAUUAUUUGAUGAAAACAAAGUAUUUUUUUGGUUUCCUGAUACAAAUGUACAUUUUUUCUUCUCCACAGAGAUCAUGAAUAAUGUCAUCAAGAAGGCAAGAGAGAAAGGAAAAUGGAAGGUAAGUGUCCUAAUGUUCUGAUAAGUUUGUCAUUUUUCCACUUUAAUCUCAACCCUGAUCAUUUAAAAUUGCUCUAUAUGUGUUAUUAGGUGCUGGUAGUGGACAAGCUGAGUAUGAGGAUGGUGUCCUCUUGCUGUAAGAUGACGGAUAUCAUGUCAGAGGGAAUCACCAGUGAGUACAACCACACAGCUCACCACUGGUCUCCUCAGCUGAACAUUUAUAGUUGGUUAAAUGCAAAGGAUAUUCAUACUGCAUUAAGUGCUUGUGUUGCAUCUGAUUGUGGACAUGAGCUGUUAGCAUCCCCUUGCUGCUCUCUCAUCAUAGCAGAGCCCACAUCUGCACAUAAAUAGGUGAAGAACUUAAAGAGGAGGCACUUUUUACUGGUGCACUGUAAAACCUAUGCUCUGAGAUACAGAGGGGAAAUGUACGUAUGUCAAAUGUGCAGCUGAACUCAAUGACUACAGCCCAGUGGCACUUAUUUCACACUUCCUGAAAACCCUGGAGUGGCUGAUUUGAUUUUGAGCCUCAGUCAAGGCAAACUGUGUUUCUGGGACAUUAAUAAGCAGGACAGGGGCUCCACAAGUGACACCGACUUCUAACACCAAAGGGUCAACGGUUGUGGACGGCUCCUCUCACUUCACUGCAGGACAGAGUGAUUCAGAAGAUCUUUUGUACCUACAGCCAUCAGACUCUUAAUUCUUCUGUAAAUAGUGCAUAACUUGAGUCUCCAGACAAACUAAUUUUCCUCAUAGGGAUUAAUAAAGCCCAGCAGCAUCCAGUUUCAUGCAGGUCACUUCCUGCUCUAUUCCCCAGUUUACUGCUUUAUCUUUUCCUUUUCCUACCCUCCCUUAUGAUGGUAUAAGAAGGUGGAAAAAAAUAAAUCUUAAGAGACAGAAAAAGUGUUUGCAGCCUAGUAGAGUUUUGUGGUUAAGACAAGUCAGUAUCUUUUUGAAGAGAAUGUGCAGAUAAGUUUCGUAAAAGCUAAUCUGGGGAAAAUUUUGGUCCAAUUAUAAAUACUGCUGGUUUUAUAAAUGGUCACUACUGUCUGAUUCUGCUCUCCAGUUGUAGAAGACAUCAACAAACGGCGCGAGCCCUUGCCGAGCAUGGAGGCCAUCUACCUGAUCACUCCCUCAGAUGAGGUAAAUCCCUUUAGCUCCUGUACCAUCUGCAUUUUAACACAUACAUAUUUGCUAUUUUCAUUUUACCACAUUUUACAUGUUUAUAGAGUUAAAUUGAUAACAUUUACCAGUUUUAACAUGUUUUGAUAGAGCAUUUCUAUCCACAAAUAUUUGUAAUACUGAAAAAUAAUUAAACUGUUGUUUCCUUGCACAUUCACAGUUAUGAACUUUUUUCUCUCCUUAUCUCAGUCUGUUGAAGGUCUUAUUGACGACUUCAGGGACCCACAAAAUCCCAGAUACCGAGCAGCUCACGUCUUCUUCACUGACAGUGAGUACAUCCAUCACACACCAGCAAAUAUAACUGGAACAUUUUCUCACUCCUCUGAGAUGCAUAAAAUCAGCUCUAUGAUGUGCUGCAGAGUUUGACUCCCCGCCUGAAAUAAAAUGUAAAAGGGUGACCAUAAUUUGAUGACCCUAAACCAGGACACUCGGCCCGGCUAUGAGAUAUUCAACUAAUACCCCAAGUUUACUCAAAGAUAAAUUUCAAUACAUUUAAGUUAUAACUUAUAGACUGUAUAUAGAAUGGACACCAUAGUAUAGGUCAUGAAUCCCGCCUCCUCCAGCAAAUCCCAAUCCCAAUUCCAAUUUAUUCCAAAGAAUAUAAAUUUUUCUCCCCCCUGCAUGGGAUGUUGACAUGUAGUUAUUGUAAGACUGGUUUGUGCUCAAGUCCUCUUUUUUCUGUAAAGCUCCAUUUUUAAAAGUUAUUAGGAGGUUCAUGUUUUCUAUGAUUGACACUUGAUACAGCCUAUUGGCAUACGAAGAUUGUGUAGCUCAUCCGGGGGAUACACUGUUUGAGCCGAGCGUCAUCACAGCGACUCUCCUGCCGAAUGCGUACAACGCUACUGCGCAAUGUUGGUUUCAAGAAAUGGAGAAAAAUCGCGGAAAUACCGAGAGCUUCAAAUCCGUAUACUGGCGGAAGGCGGAACCAAGUUGUCCAUAGUAUAUACAGUCCAUGGUAUGACUCGUAUGCAUGGAAAGAAAAAUUGUUAAAAACUAUCUAAAACCAAAGACAUUGGAAGCUGGCGGACCUCGGUGACCUUAACAUGGUGGUUUCGAUCAUUUGAAACACCAUGUAGUUCAAACUUCCUCCACAAACAUUUGAACUGCAAGAGGUCAAAGUUAAGAAUUCAGAGUUCUUUGUUAAAUCAAUAUCAGACAAAGUAAACUGAGCUGCUUACAUAUCGUCCUUUUUAAUAACAGUUGUUGAAUUUGAAUAUCUUCUUGUUAUGCACUGAUAGGUGCAUGGUACACCCCUCUUUUACCCUGGGCAGCCCUGCAAAGAAAGAUAGGCUACUACGUUCAAAGUCAACUCUCCUAUAAGAAUUGAAAACUAAAAUUCUGCAGCAUGUUGUAUUCCUUAUGACUAAAGUGGUUGAUCUCUAUGUGUGCCAUUUGUUGUUUUAUAAAAGAAAAGCCUUUCUAAAAAUCUUACUUUACUUAAAACAUGGUUAAUUUAAGAAAAUAACAUCCAUCCUUAAUAAAACCAACCAAACUUUUUUCCUAUUUUUCACACUCUCUUUCUCUAUCUCUCCAUGUCUGCAGCGAUUCCUGACAUGUUGUUUGGACUGUUGACCAAAUCUCGCGCCUCCAAAGCCAUGAAGGCCUUGACUGAGAUCCACAUCGCCUUUCUGCCUUAUGAAUCUCAGGUAAAACUCUGUCUGGACUGGGAUUAAAUCACUGAAACAGAUCAUAAUCUGCCUCCAUAGGUAUGAUAAAGAGGUUUAGAGGGAUUUAAGUCAGCGGUGUGUAGAGACCUAAUGCUCUGUUGCUGCUCGUAGAGUGAAGUUUGUUUUUAGUUUGGAUUUUGUGUAGGUUUGAGUAAAUGUGAGGUAUAUAUAUUUUUGAGGAAAAAUGACAAUCAAUGGGUCUAAACUGGGGUUGAUUAACCUUUCAACAUCACUUACUGUAAAACUCAUUGGUGGAGUUUUGAAACCCAAAAACGUCAGUCGCCAUAACGGAUACGGUGCUCAAACUAACAUUUGGUUAACCCAGACAUAAGAUAAGAGGUGGAGAUGAGGUGACUUGAAGCCCAAGGAUGUGUCUAGACUUUUCUGAUUAGGGGCACUGACUUAUCCAGGGGUGGGUUGAGGUGUGUGUGCACAAAUAUAAAAUAUGAGUUGGGAUGGGCAUCGACACUCUUAAAGCAGAGUCAGCCAACUCAGGAUGCUCUGGAUGGAUGUGGAUCCAAAAGUCAGUCAAACUUUUCUUUCUGAAAGCUGCCUCCAGGUCUACAUCUGAUGCAACAUCCACAAAGCCGUCAACCUGUUGUGGUGGGAGCUUGGAAGAAACACGUUUAAUGUGUGUUUUGUCCCCAGAUGGAUUUCUGGUCCACUCUGUGUUUAUUUCUUGGAAAUAUGUUGCCAGUUUCAAGUUAAGGCAUUGCAGAUGUUCCUUGGAGGCCGCAACUGUGUCAGCAUUCAGCCUUUCCUCUGCUGCAAGGAGAAAGUCUGCAAGCGUCGGGUAGCAGUCGAUGUCCUAGCUAUCAAAGCAGCUUCAUUUUUAGAUGUACAGCUUUUAUUUUGUUUUUCACAUUGGCAACUGUGAUGGCUUUUCCGUGCAGUGCUAAAUUCAGAACGUUAAGGGUGCUGAGGACAUCAGGCUAGGUAUUUUUCCACUGCCAGUUCUCUGUGAAUGCAAGAAUAUGUUCGACAUGGUUGAAGUUAGGGCUGGGCGAUAUGGCCUUAAAUCAAUAUCACGAUAUAUUGAGCAGUUCAACCCCAAUAACGAUAAAUGGAUGAUAACUACUCCACAAACUGCUCACCCCCUCCAGCAUUAACUUUGUCUACUUCAGCCACUGCUACAGCUGCUACAACUUUUGAACUGUCCUCCAUCUCCUCAUCUGUCUUUCUCUUUCUGUUACGGACUGGAUGGGGUGGAGUCAUGACUCUGACGUAGGACAGCGUCUUAAAGGGACAUGAGACCAUAGCCUACUUACCAACAUCCAAAACCAACUUUUCUUUGUUUAUUUUUUUGACACCGAAUAUAUCGACAUGGGCAAAAUGAUGUUGGUUAUGUUGGUUACUGUCGUAAAUUUCAGGAUCGGUAAAUUUUCGGUUUAUUGAUUAGCCCUAGUUGAAGUCUCCUAGGGCUCUAUUUUGGUGCCUCGCCGGAGACCUGCCGCAAGUGCAGCGUCAGUCAGAUCCGCUGCGCUGACAAGGCGUUCCCAAGCACAUUUUGGUAUUUUGGUGAGCCGCGCAGCCCGGCGUAAGUAUCCCCCCUCCCUAACUCAGCUCCUCCCAGCACCAUAAGUCGUAGACGGGGAGGAGAAAGGGCGGUUAGUGGGUUUAACACAGCCGAGACCUGUUUUCACCAAUCACAUAGGCUCCUCUCCUUGCCUUUAAAUCCGCCACAGGCGAGGCGUAUUACUAUUUUCAUGAAGUAGUCAAAGAGAUCAAGAGAUGUCUUAAGACAGUAAUGCCACAAGAUGGCGACAGAGGGCAGCUCCUCAACAAGUGUCCUCCACACUCUCUCAUAUGAGCACAGAUGGAUUUAGUGUGCGUAAUGUUGGACCCAGUGGUAAGACAAACACCCUUUUCCACAAAUAAAGACACUCACAUAAAGUUGCUCAUAUUCAAACCUCACGUGACAAAGGUCGGUUGAGCGCACAGAUCACAACAUAAUCUCCAAAAAUGGCAUAAAAAUCGGAACCAUCUGUGCGUAAAUGACGCAUCGCGCUCCGUGGCCUGGCUCUUUCUUUCAUAGAUGUUGGCAUAUAAAAUAAAUUUGGCCCACAAAACUGAAUAUUAUAAUAUCCGUAUGUCGGCUUAAAGUAGAUCACGCAUCUGAGCACUGAAACAAAUCAUCUGUUCAGCUGCAGCAGCAGCAAGACGGACAGAGGGCACGGAGACGUGUCCAGGUCGAGCUGUGCGAGAAAUAAGAGGAAGAGGAAGAAAGAAAAGGAGGGAGACGAAUUACAUAUCGAGUUAACUUCAUCAUGUGUGAAUAUUUACUAGAUAUUUAAUUUAAUUUGAUGCGGUUUCAGCUGUGUUGAUUCGGUCAGGUUGUGUGUCCAAACGCGUGCCAAACGCGCUCAUCAGAUCAGAUCAGAUAUAGAUCAGAAUAUAUCUAUAUAGAUCCAAAUGUAUGUGCUGACUCAGAUUAAUAGUUGAUGAUGAUUAUUUAUUGCACUGAAAUGUGCCUGACACCGUGGAAACCUGCCGGUGAGGCAUCAGUGACGUAUGUCGAUACGCCGCCGGUCUACCAAAAUACUACUAGACCAGCUGCGUUCCGCCUUGCGCUGAAAGCUGACCAGGUUUGAAUCGGCGAGCUUUCAGCGCACUUUACACGCCGGUGGCGAGCACGAAAAUGUCACUGCGCCUGCUGAUUCUGUCGACACCUCCCCCUGCCACGCCACCACGCCCAGCUUGGCGGAUCUCGGCUCGCCUCCGUGCGGCUCAUGCCACGAAAAUACCAAAUUGGCCUUACGCUGGGCUCCGCCAGACGAAAAUACAACUGCGCGGGGCUCGCCGCCCUCCGCCGCCUCACCGGCGCGAACGAAAAUAGAGCCCACAAUGUUAUUAUUAAUUCCUUGGGAUGUUGAAUAUGUAUCCUAGCAACAGUAUCGUGCAAAACAUCACAUUGAAUUUCAGCCAUUGACUUGGGUUGGACGUUAACAAGUAUUAAACCCUAACCCUAACCCAUUAUUGCCAGAUAUAUUUCAAAACAACUUUAUUCUGUUGUAAAUAAUAGCUUAAUUCUCACAUAGAGGUGAAAAAGCCCAAGCUGCGUGCAACAAACUCUCCUAAGAUGAUAUUGAACCCCCGCUUUACCUCUACAGAGAGCUGAGAGAAGCAGUUGUGAUUUGUGCUGGGUCAGCCUUCAGCCAUCAAUCCUCUGCUGCCCUCAAGUUUUAAUCCUCGGUGGGAGGGGCACACCCCGCCUCCAGCACUCCCCUCGUCCUCCACUCACCCUUUUACCUGAUUGGCUGAUAGCAUCAGCAUCAUCCUCUGCCACCAAUGAGAGCAUGAAUAUAAUGUGUAACAAGGAAAAGCACAGGAUGUUAUCAUGUGAUAGAGUCUGGAACAGAUGGGUAGAUGUGCACGUGUGUGAGAGGGGGUUUUACUAGUUUAAGGUUUCUGAGAGCAUUUGUAUUGCCCCUUCAACAUAAAAGUUUAUGGAAAACAAUAUUUUCAUUUUCCCUUUUACAACUCCAACAGUGGGACAUUGUCAAAUAUCACCAAACCAUUCAAGGGUUUUCAAAUAAUUGAAGUCUAUAUUUAAUCAAAAAUUGUGCAGAGGCAGCAUAUCAAGUGUUGAAAUUGAUUUUGCCCCCUGUUUUAUCAUAAGUGACUUACACUACAGACUCAUGUCCGUUUUAAUGCAGUGCUGCCUCACGGCUUGAAGAUCUCAUCCAUCCACGAUUGGUUGUAAACCUUGUCCCUUUUUUUCUGUGUUUGCAGGUCUUUUCCCUGGACAAAGUGGAUGCCUUUCAGGACUUCUACAGCCCGUAUAAGGCUGAUGUGAAAAACAACAUGCUGGAGCGUUGUGCUGAGCAGAUCUGCACACUCCUUGCUACUCUCAAAGAGUAUCCUGGAGUCAGAUACAGAGGGUGAGACUGAUUACAAUUACUCAUUUCAAUAAUUGACUUGGAUAUACCUCUGUUUAUGUUGUAGCAUCUUAAUCAAGUUUCAAAGAAGUCUUAUUUGGCAGUAAUUUAAGGCAUCACAGGGUCAGAAAUAACAAGAACUGUCACUUAAACAUAACUGCGUCCACAAAGAAGAGAUGAUGAAUUUAACUCUAUAUGUAUACCUUUGCAUCCAUAACUAGCCAAGAUAUCCAAAAUUCAUUUUAAGCACCUGAAUCUAAAUGCAAAUUACAUGUAGAUCUGUUUAUUUCUCUAUAUAUUGGACAUUGCUUCCUACCGAGUUCGAAAAGGAUUUAUGUGUGCCGUUAUUAUUAGGGGCAAACGCACCAAGGCACUAUUGUUAGACUGUGGGUUUUUUCUUUUUCCUAUUUUUUGGACAAAUUUCAAUUUGUUACUAGUCCCACAGCUGGAAGAGUUGUACGACAAAUCAUACAUCAAAAUGUGUGGUUUGAUUGGGAUUGGUGUGAGCUUACUUUUUUCUAAUGUAUACAAAUUUUUGUAUAGGUUCAGAGAAACCAUGGAAAAACUUGCAUUGAAGUCAAUGGGAAAAGUGAAAAAAAGAACAAUUAUUCUGUUAUACUUUCACUUCGAAGCUCCAUUUAAACUUUAAAAUGUAGACACAAGUCUUGUCUAUUGCUGUAUUAAUCUACGUUUCAAUAGGUAUUGUAGUUUUUGAUCAUUCAGUGUUCAAUGCCCAUGAUCAUUUUUGAUUAUACAUCAAGAUGUCAUCAAAAAUUGCACCUGUAGCACCCAUCCAUACAUCCUUCCGUUCUUCUGUCCUUCUGUCCUUUUGUCCUUACAUCCUCCGGUCCUUCCCUGGUAGUUGUACCAUAAAUAUAUCUUUAAAAAAUAGGUGUUUUAUCAGCUUGGUUUCAAAGCGUUUUUCUAUCGGUUUGUGUGUUUGUGUUUCAGAGAAUACAAAGACUGUGCUGUUCUGGCUCAGAUGGUUCAGGAGAAGCUGGAUGGAUACAAAGCAGAUGACCCCACCAUGGGAGAGGUAUGAAGCAGGAUAAUAAAUGACUAAAUUUCUGGGAAUAAAUCAUCAAACACUAGAUUACUCUGCCCCAGGAGCCUUAAUGAAAAACGUCUUAAGAAAAUUCUGAAAUGUGCAGAUUUUCGUGUCUUUUCUGGUGUCUCCAGGGUCCAGACAAGUCCCGUUCUCAACUGAUCAUCUUGGAUCGGGGUUUUGACUGUGUUUCACCUGUCCUGCAUGAGCUCACGCUGCAGGCCAUGGCGUACGACCUGCUGGGCAUCGAGAAUGACGUCUACAGGUAAAGAUGCCCCUGAAAAAGCUGAAUUUCUUUCCCUCAGUCCAAAACUUUCACUGAGUUUAAAAACUGCUUCAAAAAUACUUUGAGGCAUGAGUCUGACAGGAAAACAACAAAUUAAAGAUAAAUCUAAAUGCGAGGAAUGAGCAAAUACUAAACUCCACAGCAUGAAAAAAUUUGUGUAUAACCUUUUGUCACUCUGAUUUUCACUCUGUCAGCUUUGAGACUAGCGGGAUGGGCGAGACGAGGACGAAGGAGGUGGUGCUGGAUGAGGAUGAUGACCUGUGGCUGACUCUUAGACACAAACACAUCGCAGAGGUAUCAACGUGAGUGGCUUUGACAUUUUACUCACACAUACACACCUAUAGUAUGGACAAAUAAUCACAGAAACACCUUCCUUCUUCACAAACCUCUGACACAAAGCUGUCACAUUCAGAUAAUGCCUCAGUUUAAUCUUUUGCUCCUAACUUUCUUAGGUUUUUUCUGUUUUUGUCUUUUUCUGCUCAGGGCUGUGACUCGUUCUUUGAAAGAAUUUUCCGCCAGCAAAAAGAUGAACACAGGAGAAAAGGUAGAGAACACAGUAUCUCCUCUGGUUUUCAGCAUUUGUUACUCUGUUUCUGCUCCCUGCAGCACUUCACUCAGUCACUCAGAGCACAAGAAUACAAACUUAUAAAAUCUAUUUUUCUUUUGCAAACAAUAAUUAAUUUAGAAUUUCAUGGCUGCAACACGUGCCAAAGUAGUUGGGACAGGGGCAUGUUUACCACUGUGUUACAUCACCUUUCCUUUCAACAACACCCAAUAAACGUUUGUGAACUGAGGAGACUAAUUGUUGAAGCUUUGAAGGUGGAAUUCUUUCCCAUUCUUGUUUGAUGUACAGCUUUAGUUGUUCAACAGUCCGGGGUCUCCGUUGUUGUAUUUUACGCUUCAUAAUGCACCACACAUUUUCAAUGGGAGACAGGUCUGGACUGCAGGCAGGCCAGUGAAGUAUCUGCACUCUUUUAAUACGAAGCCACGCUGUUGUAACACGUGCAGAAUGUGGCUUGGCAUUGUCUUGCUGAAAUAAGCAGGGGCGUCCAUGAAAAAGACGUUGCUUAGCUGGCAGCUAUUGUUGCUCCAAAACCUGUAUGUACCUUUCAGCAUUAAUGUUGCCUUCACAGAUAUGUAUGUUACCCAUGCCUUGGGCACUAAUGUACCCCCAUGCCAUCACAGAUGCUGGCUUUUGAACUUUGACACUAAGCGCAUAUUACUUUUGACUUGUCAACUAAACCAUCUGGGAGUUCUUUAAAAAGAGUAUGUGUCAUUCAAAAGUGCAGUAGUGUUAUUUUUAACUAAUGCUAAUGGACAUAAUUGGACUUACUCACUAUCAAUGCAGACUUAAUAUUAGAGAUGGUAACAGUCACUCAUCACCGUAUUAAACCUCUAAUCUGUGUUUUUCAGACCACAAUGAAGGAGCUGUCUCAGAUGCUGAAGAAGAUGCCUCAGUACCAGAAAGAGCUCAGCAAGGUGAGGGCUGAAGUUUUACUGUUCUUUGGAUAGCCAAAGGAUAAAAGGGUUUUGCUUUGGGGUGUUAGCAUUUUUGAAAAACUCAAUAUUAUUUUUUGCACAGUCUAUUUGUGAAAGUAUGUUUGCAUGUGAGCAUAUGGUUUGGAAACAUAGUUGAACUAAAUAUAAGGCCGUGAAUCAGUUUAUGCAUGAAAAGAAUAUUUCAACAUGUUAAAGUAAAAAUUAUGACAAUUCGAAAUGGUACAACUCUUAAGGUUUAACUUGAUUUUAAAAAGUUUCAAAGCGGACAUACAAACCCCAAUAAACAUCCUUCUAAUUUAACUAUUUUCAGCUGAUUUACAGUUCUUUCCUCUCUGAUACCUCAGUACUCCACCCACCUCCACCUGGCUGAGGACUGUAUGAACCGCUACCAGGGCACUGUGGACAAACUGUGUCGUGUAGAGCAGGUAAAUCACAGGACUGUCUUACUUCUCUGCUCUGUCCAAACCAAAAUGACAGGUGUGAAACCUCCCCUGGACUUUGGUCUGGACCAAACAUCUGGACCUUGGUCCGACCAAAAGAGUCGGUCUCGGUCCAGACCAAACUGAACCAUGGUCUGGCUCAUGCCCAGUGUGAAAGCAUUAUAACUAUCAUACCAAAGACAGGAAAUGACACGCGGAGUAGAAGUGUCUGUUAUUUUGUUGAAUGGAGAUUGUCCAAGAAUGGGAAACUUUAUAAUGUUGUAGAUAAAGUUACACCUUUGCAGGCUCGCCUUAAAAAUCUAAGAUUUCUUGUAGAAACCUUGAACUCUGUUUAAUUGCAAACAUCCAUAUGAAGGUCUCGGGUUAAGCUUUGUUCCCUCCUGUCCUCUGUUGUUUCAGGAUUUGGCAAUGGGCAUGGAUGCAGAAGGAGAAAAAAUCAAAGAUCCUAUGAGGCUCAUAGUUCCCAUCCUGCUUGAUGCCAACGUUUCAGUGUCCGACAAGAUCCGCAUCAUCUUGCUCUACAUCUUCAUGAAGAAUGGUCAGACACUCGCUCUUUCAUACUUUCAUAUUUAAAGAUCAACACUGCGAUUAAUAAAUUUAAGAGUGGCCUCAGUGCUGUGUCAUAUUCUGUACUGAUGUUUAUUUAUGUUACGUGUUUUUUUUCUGUCUGCAUGCUUUUAUUGCACCACAGCCCUAACAGUGCAUGCUCUGCUGCAUAAGUGUAAAUCUGUGCUGCAUGUGUUUGUGCACUUGUGUGUGUAUGUCAGGUGUGACUGAGGAAAACCUGUGUAAGCUUCUUCAGCAUGCAAACAUCCCUCCUGAGGAUAGUGACAUCAUCUCCAACAUGGCCCACAUGGGCGUGCCCAUUAUCUCUGAGGUGAGCCGUCCUGUCUACAUUCUCAGAGUCUCAUUGCGGAGCAUGUUUACCAAACCAUGUAUGCUGACUGACAGGGUGUAAACCAUAGACUGUAUAUAGAAUGGACAGCGUCUGCCUCCGCGCUGGGUAAAGCCACUCGAGAACAGCACCCUCUGGUGACGGGCUGCAGUAUAGGUCAUAAAACCCGCCUCCACCAGCAAAGCUUAUGGAGCUGUGGACAAACUUUAGAAACUAAUUACACAGAAUAUACAUUUUUCUCCCCCUGCUUGUGAUGUUGACAUGUAGUUAUUGUAAGACUGGUUUGUGCUCAAGUCCUCUUUUUUCUGUACAGCUCCAUUUUUAAAAGAUAUUAGGGGUCCAUAUUUUCUAUGAUAGAUACUUGAUACAGCCUAUGGGUAUACGCUGUUUGAGCCGAGUGUCAUCACAGCGUCUCUUGGCGACUCUCCCGCCGAAUGCGUACAAUGCUACUGCGCAAGUGUUGUAGUGUGUCCAACACCACUACGCUAUGUUGGUUUCAGGAAAUGGGGAGAAAUCGCAAAAUAACCGAGAGCUUUUUGGCUUCAAAUCCGUAUAUUGGCAGAAGGCGGAACCAAGUUGUCCAUAGUUCAUACAGUCUAUGGUGUAAACAUUUCUGAGUGAAACAUCAAUUAGCCUGUGUCCUCCUUUCCAAUACAGACGUAAUUUUUUUUUAACUUCCUGAUGCAAAGAUCAAUUUCUUGCUGUUAAUUUGUGAAAUUCAAAGUUAAUCAUGGGUGGAUUUUUCAUGCUGUAAAGUGUCACUGGAUGUGGAUCAUGCCCUUCGUUUUUUCAUCUCAGAGUCGCGUGUACUGUGACAUAUACAGGUAGUUAGAAUUAAGUGUCAGUGGCAUUACAUGAUCAGUUAUCUCUUGUUUUUAUGUCAGGUCUCAGGGUGCAGCAAUUUCAGUGAACUGUUUUGGUUUUCUAGGAGACUUUAAAGCGUGAGCUACAGUUUUGGCAAUCGAUUUGUUCUCCUUUUCUCACAGGGCACCACCAAGAAAGCCAAAAAGCCUGAUCGUAAGGAACGAAUCAGUGAGCAGACCUACCAGCUGUCCAGAUGGACCCCUCUCGUCAAGGAUCUCAUUGAGGUACCUUUAGUGCUGUUUGUUUUUAAGGAAAAGUAGCUUUAACUACUGUCUGAUUCUGAUGCCACAUGAUUUAUUUGUGUUCCCUCAGGAUGCCAUUGAGGACAAACUUGACCCUAAACAGUACCCUUACAUCUCACAGCGACAAGUUUCUGCCAAAGCCAGUGCUCCAUCCAGGUGAGUAAGCAAGGAAAAAAACAUCCUACAGGAAACAGAUUUAUGUUAUAAAUUUGACAAGUGCAGCACAAGAAAAAACUUUGUAGGCAUUAUUUCAAGUACAUUAUCCAAAGUCUAGCAUCUGUUUUAUUGCUCUGUGUUUUUCUCAGUGCACGCUAUGGUAACUGGCACAAGAACCGAGGCCCCACAGAGAUAAAGACAGGGCCCAGGAUCAUUGUCUUCAUCAUCGGAGGGUUGGCGUACAGCGAGAUGCGUUGCGUGUAUGAAGUCACACAGGCCAACGGCAAAUGGGAGGCACUGAUUGGUGAGUUAUUUGCUCAGAAAUACAAAAAAAUAUUUACUCUCUAUUUUACAGACUGUUUCAAAAGCCCGAUGAAUUAAGGGAGUGUUCUUAAUAACUUUAAUAAAAGGGCACAUUUGUGGUAGACUGUGUUUCUGCUUUGUAUCGUCUUUGACUUCAUUUUGUCUGAAAAUAAAAACAAGAAUUUAUCAAGAUUUACAUUGAAAUGAUUGUUGUUUUGUUAAGAUUGAAGUCAUUUCUCUAGGUGGUGCAGUGGAUUAUGAAACGUACAUUACUUGACUUGAAAUAGUUUUCUAAUCAAGAUGUCAGUUAUUAACAGACACUAAACAGCACUUAGAUGGUUUUAUACUUUCUGAAAAGUAUAAAUAGUUGACUAUUUUAUGGUUACCGUUCUCUGUAGGUUCCACCCACAUUCUCACUCCGCCCAAGUAUCUAAAGGAACUCCAGCACUCUGACUUCCUGGACCCUAAUGCUCCACCAGAAGGCACAGAGGAGCCACCUGCAGAGUGAAACACGUUUGAAGGUAAAUAGACAGGUCACAAUAACAUUUUUGAAAAUCUCUGUGGUUUGUCCAAAGCGACACGAUACGAUAUGAUAUGAUAUGAUGCAAUGCGAUAUGACAUGACAUGACACAACACGACACGACACGAUACUGUACGAUAUAUGAUUUUACACAUUGACCGGAUACAAUACGAUAUAAUACAAUGCCAUAAGCACAAUACAAUAUGAUUUGAUUUUAUAUGAUGCAGUAUUAAACAGUACAACACACUUCACUAAAACUGAUUCAAAACAAGAUGAUGCAACAAGAUACAACCUGAAAUAAACAAUUUGGUGCAGAAUGAUGCGAUCCGAUGUGAUAUGAUGCAGUGCAAUAUAAUAUACAAUACUAAUAUGCAAUAAUAUUACAAUUCAGUGACACUGCAAUAGUUGAUUUGUUGCCAAACAAUCAUUAUAGCAAUACAUCACAAUAUCUGAUUGAUUUGAAGAUAGGAAAUGCUUGUAAAAUGUAAAGGCUGUAGGAUAGUUUGAAACUUUGCAGCAAGUUGGAAUGGCAAGAAAAACUAUUUCUUUUGCAUUCACUACUGCAUUGGGUUUAGAGAGGGGACAGAGGGGGAUGCAGAAAGAGAGAGAUGAACAGAGGUAAGAUUAAUAAGAAGGAGAGAGAGGAUAUAGAAAGAGAGGGUGGUACUAUAGUCCCUGCAGUGGUCAUGAGUUCAAGUCCCAGCCUCGACCAUUUACUGCAUGUUAUCCCCUCUCUCUACAGUACAUCCCCCAUUUUCUGUCUUUCUGAAAAAAAAAAAGAAUCAUCUGCAUACAAAUCAGCUGGUGCCCUACAAAUGCUUAACAGAAAACAUACCGACUUAUUUCAUCAGUGUUUGGUUUGCCAGCUGCACUGCAGCAGAGAAGAAAGCGCUCCAGAGGGUCGUCAUCACUGCUCAGAUCAUAGACUGCCCUCUAUCCUCCCUGGAAGAUCUGUUAAGUCUCAACAAAGCUCAGGGUGUUUCAAAAAAUCCCACCCACCCCAGACACUAUCUGUUUGAACUGCAGCCUCCAGGCAGACGUGCGAGGGCAAUGAACACAAGAACAAAUACACUGAGGAACAGUUUUUUUUUUUUUAUCUCAGAGCCAUAACUAUACUUUGUACUGCCAAAACCUGAACUGUGCUAUAUAAAAACAACUUUCUUUGUGCAAUAUAUGCAGGAAAAUGUAGCAAGUGUAUUUAGUGUAUGGUAUGUUUUUGCUUGUGUUUUUUUCUGUCUUUUUAGAAUUUAUACUAUUUAAUUUUUAUAGUAACUUCCAAUUACUGCGCUUUUGUUUGCAUCUCCAUACUUACUCAAUGACAAAAAAGAUAUUCUGUUUUGUUCAUAGAGCACUUACUAGAACAACGACUGAUUCAGAUAUGUGAAUCUUUACACUGUUAGCAAAAAAUAAGACAUUCCUUAAAGUGAUUUUAUACAAGUUCAUAAACUCAUGUCUUCUUUUGUCCUCCAGGAUCAUGGGACGCCCCCCCUUCUGUAGCCCUAAAGAACUUGAAGAAAGAAGAGCAGAUUUACCGCCACCCUAUUCCCACCCGUCUUCUCUACCGCCCCCAUUUUAACACAUUAAAUACAGACUCCAUGUUUUAUAUGAUUCAGUUGUUUUAAACUAUUAGCAGACUUAAAAUCACAAAUCUGUGUGUUGGUGUUGAUCAGAGUUCAAAGGAAGACGUUGAUCAUUCUGUUGGAUAUUGUUUACUGUAUGUUGUGAGAUGUUGAUGGUGUUGGAGGAGUAAUGUGUGUAAAUUAGUUGAGAUAACUGGAUGAGAUUCUGGGACUGUGUCAUCCAGCUCUGUUACAGCUCCAGAAAAAGGUGUGUUUUUUAUUGUAAAACUUGUGGAUUUCACUUUAUCUUUGUUUUCAUAUCUAGUGUAUUUACUCCCUCACAUGACUAUCUCUACUUUUACUUUUUAUUUUGUCAGAACAUGCUAGUUUUAAUGGAGUGCUUGAAAUUCAGUAGCUACCAUGCCAUGCUCUCCAAAUCACCAGAUUUACAGUGAUGUGUCUGACCCUGGAAUAAAUGCCAACAUAAAGUCACUAAAAUUGUGUAUUUAUAGCUUUAGAUCAAGCCUUUUAACAGAACAUUUUACAGUGUAAUUGGGUUGUCUCUUGUGCUUUGUCUCAUUCGUCAGCAGUGUAUUUUAAAGUUUGUUUUCCUCCUGGAAAUCUAGUUUACCUCUGUUUGAUCAUGAUGUCACUGUUUCUGUUGUAUCGUGAUUCUCUAUAAGUAGUGAAUUACUGUGUGUGAAGAGAUAUCAGUAUAAAGACAAGUAUGUGCUUUUACGUCCACAUGAACAAUACUCACUGCAAGUGUGUUGUGCUAAUAAAGUGGCUUCAAUGAAACCUA